AUGAUACGCCGUGGGUUUCUCUCGUCAGUGUUCGUAUCGAACAACGACGACGACAAGUCUGGAGCAGCAGUGCCUGAUACAAGUACAUUACCGUUGUUGACAAUGGAGGACUCUAGUAGUGCUAGUAGUGGCAGUGACGAUGCAGGACCAGUCCCAGUUGAUAGCCAUGCCGUAGACCAAGCCAGCAUGGAAGAAGGGACCCGCUUGCUGCCUUUGGAUGAGAGACGACCUUCCCAUCUUACUAGUGCUAGCCUUGGCAGUAUGAACAUGAACAUGAACAUGAGUAUGAAUAGUAGUAGUAGUAAGAGACGGGUGUCUCUGUCUCCGUUUGUAAUGGUGAGGGAUGAUUCAACAGGGCAAGUCUUUAUGGACGCACUGGAGCAGCCGGGCUCUUCGAACGGAAGUAAUGGGGAAGGUGGAGGGGCGGAGUACAGAAGAAGACAGAGGAGAAAAAGGAGGGCUGAACGACAACGACAGCAGCAAGAAGAGCUAGAACAACAGCAACAACAGCAGCUAGAGCAACAACAAGAACAAGAAGAUCUAGAUGCGUCCAUGGAUCUAGCAGAACUAGGAAUGGCAGAACAAGGGAUACAAGUAGAUGCCGACCAAGCAGAUCAGGCUGAGCAAGAGGAUGACGAGGAGCCCAUGUUCUACGCCACGGCUCUCUCUUCUUCCUUUUCCUCUCUCAGAGAAGACUCCAACAGCAGCCAGAGUCUUCUCACCAACGGUACAAACUUUCCCCCUCUAGUCCAACCACAACCACAACGGCGCCAAGUGAGCUUCCGAGACAGUCUCACCAACAACAGAAGCAGUAGUGGGCGCAUCAUUGACGUCGAUGACCUCAUCGAUCUCAACAGCAGUGCCUCAGACCUAAACGUCACUACGACUGUCCCUCUCACUCCCACUCAAACUCCCAGUGUCCGAUUUCUAGACCUCCUGGACACCACCACAACCACAACCCUUACUCCCAUCAGUAUGGCACCACAAGAAACGCCCAGUGUCCGAUUUCUAGAUGCUGCACCAGGUGACGGUGAUGAUGACGAGGAAGCUCCAGCUAGUACGGAAGAAGGACAAGAAGACAAGACCACCAAGGGCAACAGCACGGAAUUCAGUAGUGCCGAGUUUUCUACUUCGUCGUCCGAUGAAAACAACAAGAUUGACAAUGACGACGACGAUCAAUCGGACAGUAUCAUUUCGGAUGAACCCAGUGUCGUCGACAAGGCCACACAAAUGGAACGUACCAUUAUGAUGUCCUGUGGUCUGGCCAUCUUUAUGUUGAUUGGUGUCAAGGUGUUUGGAAAACUCAUGAAAUGUUGUAACAAAAACGCCACGGAAGAUCUAGAAGCCGAACUCGUCGAUGAAGCCGUCGAUAAUGUCGCAUUGGUGCAUCAAGAGUCUCUCAAAACAUUGAUCGUUCCAGUGGCACCCGAACAAGCCGCCACACAAACCAUGGCCGUACAAGGAGCACAAGGAGCCGCCAACUCGACUUCCUCCGGAAUCACUGCGUCCGCAGGAGGAGCCGAUGGUGCCUCCAAGAGUCUACUGUCACAGCUCAGUUCGUCUUCGACCACGACACAAGCGGCUGUCGCGGGAGGAGUGGCCGGAGUCGCUGGAAUGGCCGCGGUCGGAGCAGGGUUGUUGCUGUCGCCGGCGGCCGUCGGAAUGAUGCCCUCGUAUUAUUAUUCGUGUGGAAAUGUUGUCGCACCCGAUUAUCAGCAAGGACGAGUGCAAAUGACCAUUCGAGGAUUGGAUCCAUUCAAAAUGGCAGAACGCAAAUCCAUACUCGAAGAGAUCUUUGUCGAUGCCUACAAUAAUGCCAGUGGCAUGUGUGGGGACUACUAUCAACGCAUCCUCGAUACGUCGAUCAUGGAGUCGUGGAAUGUACAUAAUGAGGAUGAUGGUGGAAACCUGACUGCUAGCAACAAUAAUGCCACCGCUACAAUCACAACGGUAUGGUCGGCAUUGGUCGAGUGUCAGGCAUGUCCCGAUUUGGAUCCACUCUUUCAUGUCCCCGACGACGAAUGGCAACGGCGGCAACUCGUAGAGGCGGCCUUGUUGGUCCAAGAUAGGAGCAGCAACAACAACAACAAUGACACCAGCCUCGACAACAAAAACAACACCCAGGUAGUCGAUGCCGUUUUGUAUGGUUAUGACCACAACAAUGUGGACCACAACAACAAUACUUCGAGCUACGACUCGAGACCCCGGACGCAGUUGGAAUUCCUCCAAUUGUUUGUCGGCGUAUUCAAUACGCAGCUACAAGAGCGAUUCCGGUCCUCGGCCAUUUACAUUGGUGUCUUGGAAAAGACGGUUGUAACAACGGAUGCUCCCUCCGUCGCGCCCUCGGUCAUGCCUUCUGUGGCCCCGUCACAAGCACCGUCACAACAACCAUCGCAGCGCCCCAGUGACCAACCGUCCGAAACGCCGUCCAAUCAGCCUACUGGCAUCCCCACCAAUCGACCGUCCAUGAUCAACCGUGACACCGACUUUGUACUCGACUUUUUGCAACAAAUUACAUCCGAACCCACGACGUCUCCGAGUGGAACACCCAGCGAUUCGCCCAGCGACACACCGACCAAGGCUCCUACGUUUCCUCCGACACCACUGCCCACAUUCGAGCCAACUCCUCUUCCGUCUCGUGCACCGACACGCAACCCAACCACCACUCCAUCAGAACAACCUUCCAAAGUUCCAACCAGCGCACCGACAGUGUCGCCAUCGACGAGCCCCAGCAAAGCGCCCACAUUCCCACCAACGUCGCCGCCAACUGUCACUCCUGGAUUUCCCACGGCGGUGCCCUCGAGCCAACCUACACUCGUGCCAACAACGAGCAUGCCGACGGCCCUUCCUACCAAACAACCUACAAGCAUGCCCACAGCCCUGCCGACCAAACAACCUACACUUGCGCCCACGCCUACUUCCACUCCUUCGCGGAUGCCCUCGUUGGUACCGACCGUUGCUCCUUCGGUCGCCCCCUCCGCCUCUCCUUCCUCCAGUCCAACUAGCGCUCCUUCCGCUAGUCCAUCGAAGAGCCCAACGGCAUCUCCAUCUCACCAACCCAGUAGUGCUCCUACAACCUCCCCCAGCUCGCUCCCCAGCAAGGCUCCCUCCCCUUCACCCAGCAGCACACCGACAUCUUCUCCAUCCGAUUCGCCGACUGUAGCUCCCACCAAAGCACCAACCGAGCACCCGACGAGGACACCGUUCUCUGUGGUACGCUUUGCUCUGGUGGAUGCGGAUACAAACUCCUAUGUCUCUGGGUAUGAAGACCUACAAGAUGGAGUUGUCUUGGAUCGAGGAGAGCUUCCGGAACAAUUGACGAUUGAGGCGAUCUGUGAGCCAAGUCAAAUCGGAGAAGUGCGGUUCUUCAUUGAUGGGUCACAAGUGAGGAGAGAAACUACGGUCCCGUACGCUUUGGGUAGUGACAUUGACGGUACUGGAAACUACAGACCGUCAGACAAGUUGGAGCCAGAUGGAGAGGAACACACGCUGAAAGCGGUUCCGAUCUGGUGGUUUGGAUUAGAAGGGCAAUCGCUGGAAAUAAGUUUCACAGUGAUUCGAACCACGGCGCCCCCGACCAUGACUCCAACCACAGCUCCAAGCACAACACCAUUCUCUGUUGCGAGAUUUGCUCUGGUGGAUGCGGAUACAAACUCCUAUGUCUCAGGGUACGAAGACCUACAAGAUGGAGUUGUCCUGGACCGAGGAGAGCUUCCCGAACAAUUGACGAUUGAGGCGAUCUGUGAGCCGAGAGAAAUUGGAGAAGUGCUGUUCUUCAUUGAUGGAUCACAAGUAAGGCGAGAAACUUCGCUCCCAUACGCUUUGGGUAGUGAUGUUGAUGGCACUGGAGACUACAGACCGUCAAGCAAUUUGGAGCCUGAUGGAGAAGAGCACACGCUGAAAGCAGUACCAAUCUGGCGGUUUGGAUUAGAAGGGCAAUCGUUGGAAAUACGGUUCACAGUCAUUCAAACCACAGAGCCAGACGAGUAA